AUGGUCCCCAGUGCGGUCCAAGGUGAUGGGUCGGUAACCCGUGGUCGACAGUUGCCUGGAGCCGCAUGUGACGAGUGUCGGCGGCGCAAGUUACAAUGCGACCGCCAAAAGCCGCGAUGUGGUGUUUGCCAUGAGUCGCGGACCAUGUGUGAAGUCACCCAGCGUGGUGUUCGGGGGCCCAAGAGAGGACAUCUCAGGGCAUUGAAGGACCGAAUUCUGCAUUUGGAAACCAUGUUGGCGACUCGGCAGGGCGGACAGCAGCAGCAGUUGGAUGAUGCUCCUGUGUAUUCACCGGAAUUUUCACGGUCGGAACCAGGGAUGGAGGAAGACAUGGCUGAAAGGGGCAGCGAAGUUGACGAUAUCUCUGCUCCAUUUUCGCUGCCCGGGGGCGUAGCAUCGGCUUAUGACCCAAGUGCCUUUCUUGCACCGCCUUCUCUGACGGGGUCGAGCCGGGAGCAGGACAAAUCCAUGUCGCCAGAGAUAGGCGGGCUGUCCGGCAAUCAUCUGCAUAUCCCGGAAGUCAUGCGGGAUGAAUUAGACCAGCUCUACUGGGACCGUGUGCACCCAUCAAUACCCAUACUCCAACAACGGCGGUAUUUGUCGUGGACCAAGUUCGGCCUCAAGUCGUCCGCUCAAAUGUGUCUGCAAUCUGCAAUGUGGAUGCUGGCGACCUUGUUAUCAGUUCAGAUACGUAAUUUGACCGACGCUCUCUACCGCCAGACAAAGCAGAUGCUAGUCUCUCAAAAUUUCGAAACCGACCACAAGGAUGACGGAUGUGACACCGAGAUAGUGCAAGCUUGGUUGCUUGUUGCAAUUUACGAAUCCAUGCGCGCGUCUCAUAAACAGGCGUGGAUGAGCGCUGGUCGUGUAUACCGCCUCGUCCAAGGGUUUCGCUUCCACGAACUCGACAAGACAGGUACAAUCAUUGAACAUGAGGAUAGCAAUGACAUAGUCAAGAUAGAAGAACAACGUCGCCUCUUCUGGAUGGCCUAUCUGCUCGACCAUCUGAUGAGCCUGCGGAACGAUUGGCCGAUCACUUUGAAUGAGCACAUGAUCUGUACCCGCCUGCCAGGACCGGACGCUGACUUUCAGAGUGGGCGACCGGUAUCUGGAUCUUUCCUCUCUGAAGCAAUCACGGAAUCGAGUCCAAGAUUCACGUCUCCGUUUACCGAAAGCAUUGUCCUCACCACUCUUUACGGACGGAGCCUGCUGCGGAGCCAACAACAUAGCAUCCUGAGCGUCUAUGGAGAUGGUGGCGACUCGGACUGGCUAGCCUGGCAUCGGUGGCUUGACAAUACUCUCAAAAUCAGACUUCAAGUCGUGGCGCGCCUCUGUGCAUUAUCACAAACCGCAGCAUCGGAUCCGUUUUUGUUGUUUACGAAUAUCUUGGGCCAUGGAGCAGUUGUAUAUCUCUGCAAAUGCGCAAUGCAGUCCGCGGCAAGCCUAGCGAGACAACCAGAUGUUUACGCUGAGGUCCUUCAAUGUCAGGCUCGGGCCCUGGCCGCCGCCACUGCUGUCGUUCGUCUCGCCAGCGAAUUGCGUGAACUCCAUUUCUCAAAGAUAUAUCCCCUCAUGCCCAUACCCUUAUUUGUUGUUGCCGAGUUCCUUUACGAGAAUCUUACCGAUGUUGGGCCUAACCAACAAUUGAUUGGUGAACUGCUCAAUGUAUUUCGUGAUCUGAAAAACAUUAACAAUCUCGAACAAUGUUACCUGGAUUUGCUGCCGCGAUCAUGUGUUUCCAGGACGACUGCGCUGCUUAGCUACACCAGCAGCAGUGCCGAUUGAAGCCUCAGCAGAAUGUGGAAGGCACUAGCUAGAGAAAGCUGGAGCAGACCAGAGACAGCUGAAGACUAUGUGGAGGAAGCUCUGUUCAUUGCCAAAGGGGCGUGUCUCCAAGGGAAAGUAAUGGAAGACAAGAAAUGAGAGAAGGGGCCCUGCUCAGCGCAGCUAUACGCUUGGCCUUUUCGAUGCGGGCUCGUCGAAAUAAUCCGCGUACACGUUUCCAAAA